CUAGGGAGCCCUUAGUCUGUAUAUUUCCCAGCCGUUUUUAACGUGGCACAAUCCUGGUGUCAGGAUCGGAGCCCGGGCCUUUGAAAUGAGCAAUAUGCCGGGAAUCCCGGGCAUGGUUUUCAGAGCCGGUUCCCAAGCUGCGAGUUGAAGGCGGAAAAUGAGCCUAAACAGCGGCGUUCACCGCAGUACGUGGACAGACUUUUGACUCGGCGGAGUCCGCGCACCGUCUCCGACCCGGGCCUCGCGCCCGCGCCCCUCGCGGCGACCACCCUCUCGGGGCCCGCCGUCGCCGCCAAAAUGCUCGACGACAAGAAGUUCCCGCACCAGUGCUGCCCUCUCUACGGCGCCCUCGACACCUCGCUCAUCCCGUGGCCGGGCCUCAAGUUCGCCUGCGUCCGAAUUUUGGAGUUGUACGGCAAGGUCUUCGACCAGAUCCAACUUUGCGAGCUUAUCAUUAGGAAAACGUGUAACUCGUGCAAGUGCCCGCGAGAGUCGCACAAUGUGUACCACGAGGAGUGGGUCAACGUGAGGGAGAGGAUCGGAUUCAAAACGCCCGCCAAUGGGGACAGACUACCCUCGAAGGAGCUCUGUUUGAAUGAGGGAUACUCCUGGGUCCCUCCCGGAUUACCUAGUAAUAAA